CACAAUAUUAAUUAUAUUUCUUAAUAUGUGUGAAAUGCCCAAAACGUCAUACAAUUUGGGACGGAGGGAGUAUAAAUAUUGCUAUGAAAAACAAGAGGGUACAUCUCCACGUGUUAUCAUGAAUUACACAAAAAUGUUACAGCAUUGAAUAACAAAUAAGAUCAUAUUGAAAGCCUUUCUUCGAACCAAGCACUAAUAUAUAUUUGUUAGAAAAGUCAAAUGGGUGGUGGUGAUCAGAAAAAUGUUUCCAUUAAUGUUAAGAAAAAGAAAAAUGGUUCUUUUAAGUCAAUUUUCAUGCAUGCAGAUGUUCUAGAUUGGUUUUUCAUGGUUUUUGGUUUGAUUGGUUCCAUUGGUGAUGGCAUAUCAGUUCCUUUGUUGUUGUUUAUUGCAGGCAGACUUAUGAACUCUAUUGGUGGUGCUUCUGGCACAUCAAACAACAAUUUUGUUCAUGACAUCAAUAAGAAUGCUGUUCUUUUUUUAUAUCUGGCUUGUGCCUCUUUCGUUGCUUGCUUCCUAGAGGGUUAUUGUUGGACAAGAACAGAUGAAAGACAAGCUGCAAGAAUGAGAGUUAGGUACUUAAAAGCAGUUUUAAGACAAGAAGUAGCAUACUUUGAUUUGCAUGUUACAAGCACAUCAGAAGUCAUCACCAGUGUCUCCAAUGAUAGCCUGGUAAUUCAAGAUGUUAUUAGCGAAAAGGUUCCAAAUUUUUUGAUGAAUGUGUCUAUGUUCCUUGGAAGCUACAUAGCAGCAUUUGCAUCGUUAUGGAGAUUGGCAAUUGUUGGGUUCCCUUUUUUGGUAUUACUAGUGAUUCCUGGUUUCAUGUAUGGAAGGACUUCGAUGGGAUUGGCUAGAAAAAUUAGGGAAGAGUACAAUAAAGCAGGUACAAUAGCAGAACAAGCAAUAUCUUCAAUUAGAACUGUUUAUUCCUUUACAGGAGAAAACAAAACCAUAGCUGCUUUCUCUGAUGCUUUGGAAGGACCACUGAAGUUGGGAUUGAAACAAGGCUUAGCUAAAGGCUUAGGCAUAGGAAGCAAUGGUCUUGUUUUUGCCGUAUGGUCGUUGAUGUCCUAUUAUGGUAGCAGAAUGGUCAUGUAUCAUGGUGCUAAAGGUGGUACCGUUUAUUCAGUUGGAGUUUCAAUCGCAAUUGGUGGAUUGGCUUUCGGAGCUGGUUUAUCAAAUGUGAAGUACUUCUCAGAAGCAAGUGCAGCAGGAGAAAGAAUAAUGGAAAUGAUAAAACAAAUUCCAAAGAUUGAUUCUGAAAAUAUGGAAGGUGAAAUUCUAGAGAAAGUCUUGGGGGAAGUUGAGUUCAACAAUGUUGAAUUUGUGUAUCCAUCAAGACCAGAAAGUGUGGUCCUAAAGUGUGGUCCAUCAGGGAAAACGGUUGCAUUAGUAGGAGGAAGUGGUUCAGGAAAAUCAACAGUUGUAUCACUUUUACAAAGAUUUUAUGAUCCAAUUGGUGGAGAGAUUCUUCUUGAUGGAGUUGCUAUUCAUAAGUUGCAACUUAAGUGGCUUAGGUCACAAAUGGGUUUAGUAAGUCAAGAACCUGCUUUGUUUGCAACAAGCAUUAAGGAGAAUAUACUUUUUGGAAGAGAGGAUGCUACAUAUGAAGAAAUUGUGAAUGCUGCUAAAACUUCUAAUGCUCAUAAUUUCAUUUCAUUGUUGCCACAAGUAUAUGAUACUCAGGUUGGGGAGAGGGGAGUACAAAUGUCAGGGGGACAAAAGCAAAGAAUUGCAAUUGCAAGAGCCAUCAUAAAAAUGCCAAAAAUUCUAUUGUUAGACGAAGCAACAAGUGCACUCGAUUCUGAAUCCGAACGAGUCGUCCAAGAAGCUCUAGACAAAGCUUCAGUUGGACGCACCACCAUCAUCAUCGCUCACCGAUUAUCUACCAUCCAAAAUGCAGAAGUCCUUUUAGAGGAUGAUGGUGAUGAUUUAGAUGAUAGCAACAAAAAGCAUUAUCCACACCAUUUGCCAUGCCUAAAAAGAUGAGUAAUUUUAAGUGGGUGUUAGGAGCCAGAUUUGGUACCAAAGAUGAGUUCAAUAAAGCAAUUACCAACUAUGAUAUCUACAAUAUGACUUGUUUGAAACGAUUCAAAAACUAAAAGGACUUGUUUGAGACCUUUAAAACUUAAAGACCACUUUGGGAAAAAUGAAAAACUUAAAGGACCUUUAGAUGCAUUUGACCUAGAAUAUAUUUGGUAGUAAAGUUUGUUUACAUAUAGAUAACAGUAAUGUGAUUUUUAAUUAAAUUGUUAGCUCAUGAUAUAUUUAAGUAAUGGAGCUUGUAUAAGGUAUCACCAAUUUAAUUAUCUUUAAUUGUAAUAUGCUUUCAAUUUUGUACUUGUGUAUAAAAUUUACAUAAGGGUGCCCAAUGUAUGUGGACUCAUUUGGCAAUAAUUGUUGAGCUUGUGUAUAAAACAUAUUUUUCAUGUUGGAUUAGUCCCAUAGCCGACUCAAAGGAUGUUAAUUAUGGUGACUUCCAUUUUCUUUGUUAAUUGCAUAAAACAUAUGUUUAUGUUUUCCAUUGCAAAAAUAUCACAUUAUUAUAAGUUUUCAAAUAUUUAUAAAAAUAUUAGAAUACUUUUCAAUGUUUUCUAUACUAAAAUCUGCAAAAUAAUACCUUGUGCAUUGUGAUUCUCUAUAACAUUUUCUUUAUUCCAAUUAAUGACAUACGUAAGAUCUUUGGUGGGUGAUCGAUUGGCAUUAGCAGUACAAACAAUUUCAGCAGUGAUAAUAGCAUUCACAAUGGGCCUAAUCAUUGCAUGGAGACUAACCAUUGUUAUGAUAGUAGUGCAACCAGUUAUUAUAUGUUGUUUCUAUACAAGGCGUGUCCUUCUUAAGAACAUGUUAAGCAAAGCCAUCAAGGCUCAAGAUGAGUGUAGCAAAAUAGCUGCUGAAGCUGUUUCAAAUCUAAGAACCAUCAAUGCUUUUUCAUCUCAAGAUAGAAUUCUCAAAAUGCUAGAAAAAGCACAAGGACCAAGCCAUGAAAGUAUUAGACAGUCCUGGUUUGCAGGUAUUGGACUUGCAUGUUCACAAAGUCUCAAUUUUUGUAAUUGGGCUUUGGACUUUUGGUAUGGUGGAAAACUUGUGUCGCAAGGUUAUAUCUCGGCUAAGGCGUUAUUCGAGACUUUUAUGAUUUUGGUAAGUACAGGAAGAGUUAUUGCUGAUGCCGGUAGCUUGACGAAUGAUCUUGCUAAAGGCUCUAAUGCGGUUGGAUCGGUUUUCACAAUCCUCGAUAGGUAUACAAAAAUCGAGCCCGAUGAUUUAGAAGGUUACAGAGCUGAAAAAUUAAUAGGAAAAAUUGAACUUCGUGAUGUAUAUUUUGCAUAUCCAGGUAGACCUAAUGUUACAAUUUUUCAAGGGUUCUCGAUUAAAAUUGAUGCAGGAAAAUCGACGGCUUUGGUAGGGGAAAGUGGUUCUGGAAAAUCGACAAUUAUAGGACUAAUUGAGAGAUUCUAUGAUCCAUUUAAAGGGAUAGUGACAAUUGACGGUAGAGACAUAAAGACAUAUAAUCUACGAUCAUUAAGGAAACAUAUUGCACUUGUGAGUCAAGAACCAACAUUGUUUGGUGGUACCAUAAAAGAAAAUAUUGUAUAUGGAGCAUAUGAUGAUAAAGUUGAUGAGAGUGAGAUUAUAGAGGCAUCAAAGGCUGCAAAUGCUCACGAUUUCAUAUCAAGCUUAAAAGAUGGUUAUGAUACACUGUGUGGUGAUAGAGGAGUUCAACUUAGUGGUGGUCAAAAACAAAGAAUUGCAAUAGCUAGAGCUAUAUUGAAGAAUCCAGAGGUGUUGCUUUUGGAUGAAGCAACAAGUGCACUUGAUAGUCAAUCAGAGAAAUUAGUCCAAGAUACUUUAGAAAGGGUUAUGGUUGGAAGGACAAGUGUGGUUGUGGCACAUAGGUUGAGUACUAUACAAAAUUGUGAUUUGAUUGCUGUCUUGGAUAAGGGAAUUGUUGUUGAGAAAGGAACACAUUCGUCUUUGUUAUCUUUGGGACCAAGUGGAGUUUAUUACUCUUUGGUAAGUCUACAAAGAAGACUAUAACCAAUACAAUUGUUGAUUCUUCACAUGAAAUCAACUAAAUAAACAAGGUCCAGUUUCCAUGUUUGAAGGGAGAAGCUACAAAAAAAGAAUUUAUGAUGGAGUUGUGUUUGGUAAUAGGUAAAAUUGAAA